AUGGACUUGCCAUCCACUUUCAAAUACGCAGGCUGGAAGAUUUCUUUUACACUCCUCGAGCCUACCUCACCUCAGACCGCCCAAACGAAAACCAUUGUAUGUGUCCAUGGCACACCAUGGUCUUCGGUCGUGUUCCAGUCCAUAGUCGACGCCCUUCAAGCCAAAUUCUCUUGCCGGAUUCUACUCUACGACCUUCCGGGGUACGGUCAAUCCCAAUCCUACACGGCCCCAAUGAGUCAGACCCCCGAGCAAGGCCUCUUCUUGGGCGACACCUCCGUAUCAUUCCAAGCCAAAGCACUCUCAGCGCUGCUCCAAGAACUCGCUAUCGACGGCAGGGAAGGCCAUCCAGUGUCAGCAGUAAUCGCACACGACAUUUCCGGCACCAUAGUCCUGCGCAGCCAUCUCAUCCACAGAUGCAACUUUUCCAAUAUGUUGCUCAUGGACACGAACGCCGUGCUGCCGUGGGGUGACGGAUUCUACAAACUCGCCAGAUCACAGCCGCAGGUGUUCCUGCAGCUGCCGUCAAACAUUUUCGAAGCCGUCGUGAGAGCGGUGACGAGGAGUGCUGUGUAUGAUGCCAACAAGCUUGAUGGCGGUUGGGAGGAUCGCACUGUGGAGCCUUGGAUUAAGCCCGAAGGUGGCGAAGAUCUUGAUGCACAGCAACGACCGUCGAGUUUCGUGCGGCAGAUCGCGCAGGCGAAUGAUGCGGAUGUUGCGGAGAUGCUUGAUCAGAAAUUAUACGGUCAAGUGCGGUGCGAUGUGAAGAUUCUAUGGGGCGAGAAGGAUCUGUGGAUUCCAAAGGAGAAGAUGGAGCAGUUUUCGGCCAUGCUUGGAGAUCGUAUGAAAGAGUUCGUUGUAGUUCCGGACGCUGGGCAUUUGAUCAUGAUUGAUCAGCCAGAGAGAGUCGCAGCUGAAGUCCUGAACUGGAUAGAUUGUUAA